AUGUCAACCGGAACAUCCAUGGCCCCUCCUCCCAAAGCGACUAAUUGGCGCCUACCUCUCCUUCUGAGUCAAUCUCAUCUGGCAGCACCAGCGUCAAUUUGCAAAGCUUCUGCACCAUCUGAUCUAACACAAGCAACAGACGUACCUCCUCCACUGGCGCCUUCCGUCGAGGAAGCCUACCGCCGAAAAUGCAUACAGCUGAAGCAGCGUCUCAACGAAAUCGAGGCUGAUAAUGAGGCAACUCGUGUCCGAGUCCAGCGCAUCGAGCGCAGUAUCCAAAAGCAACGCAUCGAGCGUGCAUUUCUUCUCGAACAGUUAGCAAAGCGCACGAGCACCAAUGUUGAGGAUUCAGAGGGUAGUCCAAGUCCACCACCGACGCCUAAGGAGAAACCCCUCCGGACGAAACGCGGCCACCGAAAGCCAUCCUUCCUAACAAAUCUCGGCGAAGCUUCUGCAGGCAGUGCGUUCAUUCAACAAGGACCCAAUACACUUUCUCCCUCCUCGGACGCCUUCUCUCAUACGCAUCCUGAGCCCGUUCGCAAUUCUACCCCCCAACAUUUACCAAAGCGCCUGCUAUCAACAGUCAGCAAUGUAAACGGCACGCCAACGCCAGCCGGAUCUUCUCAGCAGAAGCCGCCGAAGAAUGCUUGGGAUCUUUUCUGUAGCGAGAUGAACCACAUUAUGCAAAAGAACAACCAACAGGCGAUCUUAGAUGGCGCAUUUGACAUUGAGGGGGCUCUUGCGCGUGCGUGGCGCGAGCUACCCGAGCCUGAAAAGCAGGAAUACCAGAUCCGUAUCGAGGCAGCGAAGAAGCAAAAUGCGGAAGCUACCCCUAUUGCUCCCCGACAAGCGAUCUUCGAUGCAGAAUCUCGAGCUGGCAGUACUGUUGCCACGGCGGAUGAUGAAGAUGUUGAGAUGGGAGACGAGAUUGCUGUUGAGAGUGGCUUCACGGCUGUCAAUCGGGAAUAG